AUGAGAACGCGUCGAUCGUCCCGCGGGGAACUCUCCCCACCCGGCCCCGACCCGCCCCAUCUCGGUCCGACGGUCGACGAUCGCGCGGGUGCCCAGCGACGACACAUUGAAUCACGUGAGUCGGGAACGCCCCCCGCCCCCGACACCAUCGGGGACGUAGCGCCGUCCGAACCCGCGCGCUCCGUCGCGCAGGCGCUGACGUGCCGCCCCGAGGAUGUCCGUAAGCCCUCGCGGCGUCCUCGCGGGGUCCACGCGGGGGGCAAACCCGGCGGCGGGGACCCGAGCACCAGGCACCACGACGGGAUGCAUCGCAACUACAUGGCGUACAAGAUCGAGAAGCUCGGGGAGCAGAACGACGUCGCCUCGACCGGGCAAACCGGGGUCUUCGCCGGGGUCUCGGUCUACGUCAACGGCCUCACCGACCCGCCGUGGAUGGACAUCAAGGAGAUCAUGCUCGCCAACGGGGGCAAGUUCGCCAACUACUACUCCAGGAGCACCGUCACGCACGUCGUGUGUCGGCGAUUGACGAACGCGAAGCUCGACGCGCUCGCGCGAUCGGACCGCGACCAUCCCCCCGUCGUGACCCCGGCGUGGGUCACGGAAUCGCUCGCGGCGGGGCGGCUCCUGCCGUGCGCGGAGUUCGCGCUGGAGGGGACGCUGGAGCCCGGCGUGCGGAGGAUGACGAGCGUCCUGCCGCGGGCAGCAAAGGAAAAGGAAAAGGAAAAGCCGCCGCCGACUGACCCGGAGACGGAGACCGACGGUGACGAGACCGAGGAAGACGCCGACGACGACGUCCUGCCCACCCAGGACGACGUCGACGCCGACGACGACGCCCCCGCCGAGCCGGAUCCGCGGACGCCCCGAGAAGCUGAAAGUUUGGCUCUAAGUUUGCCCGACGCGGGGAUUGAUCCCGGGACGUUUGACGCGGUGCGCGUCGUCUUUACCGCCGCCGCGGAGCACCUCGCGAACGGUUCGCUCGCGGGGGCGAGGGCGGCGUCCGCGGCGGCGUACGGCGCGCUCGCGGCGGCGGUGGACCCCCCUCGGAUCGUGCCCGUCGGCGCGGGGGAGGCGUUGGUGUCGGUCGGCGGCGGCGGCGGCGGGGGGGGCGGCGACGUUCGGUCGGAGGCGGCGGCGGUGGCGGCGGCUCUGGCCGCCGCGGGGGUACCGGCGACGGCGGCGCCGGUGAAGGUGCCGGACGUGCCCCGCGGCGGGACCGUGCCGGUGGUGCUCGCCGCGGUAAACUCGAGACGCGGUGACCCGGAGGUUGCCGGUUCAAAUCCCGGGGGUGGCGUCUUGAAGUCGGCGAUGAAGACGCCGGCGGCGCGACGGGGGGACGGCGACAACGACCGGGGUCGAAGCGUCAGGUGGUCGAGCCGCGUCGCAGAGGACAUCGCCGGCGACGACGGUAAAGACGACGACGCGGUAACCCGGAGGUCCCCGGUUCGAACUUCGGGGGAGGCGACGUCGAGGGAUGGACCUGACGUCGUUCACCGUCCCUCCCCGCGGUGGAUGACGAACCGGGUGUCUCCCCUUUCGGGGACGUCGAUGCCACCGCCGCCGCCGCGCCGAUCCUCUUUCUUCGCCGACGCGGCGAACCCGUCGAUGGACCGCAUCGAUCCCGCGUUGCUGGCCGCGAUGCCCCCCGAGGUUCGCGCCGAGCUGAUGCACGGCACGGGAGGAGGAUCGGGUCGAGCCGGGUCGCGGGGCGGGGGACCGAACCAGCCGAGCCUGCGCCGGUUCAUGGCGCCGGCUUCUUCAGGGGAGUCUCUCGGCGCGGGCGGGGGCGGGGCGGGCGGCGGGGGAUCGGGCGGUGGAUCGGCGGGAGUGGGCGUGACGAAGCGAGGGUGGGACGCGUUCGGGAGCAUACUCGGCAUGCGCCGCGGAGCCGCCUCCGUGCCGAACGACGGGAAGAGGGCCAGGCCGUCGGAGCCCGUGGAGCCCGUGGAGCCCGUCGCCGACGCCGAAGCCGCGUUCGGAUCUAACCUGCCGGAGUCGUACUCGCAGAUCGACGGAUCGUUCCUGGAGGCCAUCGGCGAGGAGGAACGCGCCAGGCUCAGGGAGCACUACCGAGCCGUCGCGGAAAACCGGCGCGCCUUGUUGAACGCGGAUGCGCCCGAAGGAAGGAUCGAGCUCGAGGGACACGAUGCGGGGGAAGAAGAAGAAGCCGACGACGGCGCCACGGGCGAAGACGUUGUCGUCGCGCUCGUCGCCGACGCCGACGUGGACGCCUUCCGCGCGGCGCUCGCGGCGUGCGUCGAGGGCGGUGACUCACCGGGCGGUGACUCACCGGGCGCCGCCGCCGUCGACGUAGAUACUGAAUCGACAUCGCUUCGAUCGUCGGACAUCGUGGACGUCGCCGGGGAUAUUCUCGCGGCGCAGUGCGAGGCGCAGUGCGAGGCGCACCACCUGGAGUCGGCGGUUCGGUUGAUGCGUUGCGGCAAGGCGAUGGCGGAGAGGCGCGGCCCGGGGUCGGCGUGGGCGGCGGCGUUUGAGCGGGCGAGGGUUCGGGUAGCGGAGGCGGUGAGGAGGGAGUACGACGGCGCGGAGCUCUUCUUGGGGGGAUCGUGA